AUGGAAAUACGGCACAAAUCAGCAGAUACGAGGGAUCGGUGUCAACGGUCAGGCAAAUCGACGUUAUAUCGAUCAGUCUCAAAAUGGAAUCAAUCAACAGAACAGUUAUCCCGAGUCCUUCGUAUUGAAGAUACGAAACAGAAUGCUACAACAUCCGAUGGGAAAGCCCAGCAAACGUUCUCGCACUCACGAUUUUACUCACGAGCACUCAACUCGCAACCAACAAACCCAUCUUCAACCCCCAAUACCACGUCACCAUCCACAAAAGUUAAAUCGACCAUACCUGUCUCUAUCAAUGGACAUUCACUAUCCCGGGAGGAGCAGAUCGGAGGCAUUCACAAAACAAUUGUACUUGUCAACUCCACGGCAGAGCAGACAAGACACUUGCGGGACGACAAAAAGACAACCCUGGGCGAGAUCGAGCUUGAGUGGAUCAACUCGACCAUCACCGAUACCGAAAAUGCCGCCAAUGAUUUAGCUGUGUUUGUGAAACAGUUUAAACAAAUCAGCCCCCAAGACUGCAGCAGCUGGAAGUGUCGUGACUAUGAACUUGCUCUGGAAAAGAGAUCCCGCAUGCUUCUUUCUCAUGGCAAACUCGAGGCGGUUCUUGCCCACCUUGGCUCAUUACCAACUGCUUUGAGUAAGAACGAAGCAUUUUUCUCUCCGUCUGAUGUUUCGGCGGUCACUCCUGCGAUCUCACAACUCCCAUCUGAGACGAGUUUUAUAUCUGUCCUUGAGCUUCCUGCUUUAUCCCCUGUGAAAGCUGAGCAACCUGUACCGAAAAUUGUCGUGACACAACACGAUAGUGAUCAAGACAAAAAUGUUCGACAAAAUAACGUCCCCAUAUAUCCCCAUAUCGGUGAAAGUCCUCCCCCAAGUUAUGAAGCAAGUGGGAUACAUAGCACAUCAGAGGCACAUUGA